GUUGUUGUUGUCGUUAGCAGCGAGCUAAGCUAAAACUGGAGGAGGCGGAGGGGACGCUAGUGACAUUCAUUACACGUGCCUCUCUCUCCUAACGAUUCUUCAUCAACAUUAAACAUUUUGAAGACUAAAUAUGAAUGUAGUGGGGGCUAUUAUCUUAAGGGCCAGAAAAUGAAGCAUUUAAAUGAGGUGUGACAUUCAUUCAGUGAAAGAGACGAUGGACCUGGAUUGGAGUACUAUUUGAGGAAAUACACACAAGGUUAAGUUGUACAGAUACCGUAUCAAUGGUCAAAAAUAUAUAGAGGCUCCAAUAUUAAAACAAAAUUCAAGUAAAACUACUCACCCUUUGAAGACGCCUGACUAUCAGUCAAUAUGAAAUCAUAUUUUACUGAGGAGACAAACCCUUUCCUAUGUCACAAUAAGUUCAGUUUCUGGUCCUGUGGUUUUCAUCACACAUUUCCUCUUUAACAAGCAAAACACGAGUUAACCCUUGAGAUCGGGGGUGUGCAAACUUUUGUACUCAAGAGCUGCAUUAGUGGUGUUUUUUUUUUGUUUUUUUUUUUUAAUUUAAAUGGACAGAUGAGCAGAUCUUCACAUUUCAGGCUCAGCCUACAAUAACUGCACUUCAAACUUGUGGUUUGUCAUAGCGUAGGCAAAUAAAGUUAAUUCAAGAAAAUCUCUUGUAGCUGCAUUUUCCUUAAUUUGUUUAUUUGGUUUUUAAUUUAUUGUUUUAGUUAGUGAUAUUGUUGGUCAGUACCUGAAUUUGCACACCUAUUUUAGAUUUUUUUUCUAUGACUUUCAUGUUCUGAUUUUAAAAAUAAGUUGUAGUUUUUUCACAGAAUACUUAAUUACUGGGAGGACUACACUUUUUGCUUUUACUCGAGUCAUAUUAUUCUUAUGUAACGGUACUCUUACUUGACUACAACGUUUGGUUCCUUGCUUCUGGGUCACAUAAACCGGAUCAAUUACAUAUUAAUAUCAAAGUCAGUCCUGUGGUAUGUUUUUCAAAUUCCUAUUUUACAACUAAGCCUAAACGUGAAUGAUGACAAAUCUAAAUUUUUUGGGGGGGCUUGUCUUCGGGGGGGGAGGUUAUACGAACUAACAUUUUCAUUGUUUUGAACUUCGAAUGCCAGUUGAAAAUAAAAUGAACAACAGAUACACAGAUUUGUUGAUUUUUUUCAGUUGGGAUGACUCCUGGAGGGCGGACGACAUCAGCCUUGAGGCUUUAGCGACGUGGCACUCCCCCCCACCCAGGACCACCAUGCAGCAGAAAGGUGCCAUCCAGAUCAUCGAAUGGGAGGACCUGGACAAGAGGAAGUUCUACUCGCUGGGCGUGCUCAUGACGCUGAGCACGCGCGCCACCGUGUACCCGGCCAGCCUUAUCCGCACGCGCCUGCAGGUUCAGAAGGGCAAGGCGCUCUACUCGGGCACGGUGGAUGCCUUCUGCAAGAUCCUUCGGGCGGAGGGCGUGCAGGGCCUGUACCGCGGCUUCAUGGUCAACACCUUCACCCUGGUCUCGGGCCAGGCGUACAUCACCACCUACGAGCUGGCGCGCCGCUACGUGUCACGGUACUCAUCCAGCAACACGCUCAAGUCGGUGGUGGCGGGCGGGGCGGCGUCGCUGGUGGCGCAGACCAUCACGGUGCCAAUCGACGUGGUGUCGCAGCACCUCAUGAUGCAGGGCCAGGGCGAGCACAGCGGCCGCUUCAAGGCCAAACCCAAGAUGAUGCUGGCGGCCACCAAGCGCAGGCUGACCUUCGGGCAGACGCGGGACAUUUCAGUGCAGAUCUUCGCCGCGGACGGUUUCAGGGGCUUCUACAGGGGCUACGUGGCGUCCCUUCUCACCUACAUCCCAAACAGUGCACUUUGGUGGCCCUUUUAUCACUUUUACGCAGAGCAACUAUCUCUGAUGGCGCCUCGCGAGUGUCCCCACCUCAUUCUGCAGGCGCUGGCUGGGCCCAUGGCCGCCGCCACCGCCUCCACCAUCACCAACCCCAUGGACGUGGUCCGGGCGAGGGUGCAGGUGGAGGGCCGCUCGUCGGUGGUAGAGACUUUCAAGCAGCUUCUGGCAGAGGAGGGCAUCGGCGCUAUGACCAAGGGGCUGUCAGCCCGCAUCAUCUCCUCCACGCCCACGUCGGUGCUCAUUGUGGUGGGCUACGAGACCCUCAAGAGGCUUAGCUUGCGGGACGACCUGGUCCAGUCCAGACACUGGUAGAGGAAGCAAAGCCCAACGCCGCAUUUUACCUCAUGGCAGGAGCUCACUUUGGUCUCUGCAACAACACUGCUGCCAAAAAAUGUCAAAACUAUGGCAUAGUGUAAAAAAAAAAAAAAAAAAAAAAAAAAGGCUUUCUGUACUAAAAGCUACUGUGCUUUACAAAUAGAAAUAAGGUUUUCUUCUAUGGCGGGACCUCUAAAGUUUAACUGUAUCCGUUCUGUGAUGCUGCCUGACUGUCACGUCAAUUAUUUCGCCACUGGAAAGGUCAAGUGAAUGAACUCACUGUUCUGGUGAUGUUUUAAGUACAGUAAUUCCUCUAUUGCAGGAAAAAGGGACAAAGCCUCCAUAUGACUAGUAAAAAAAGUAAUUUAGUUUCUCCCUGACAUACAAAGCUUGUCUCUCAGUCGACAAGUAUCCAUUCAACAUAACUACUUGGACCAAGUACUGUUGUACUUUAUUUAGACAGGGCUUUGGCACCAUCUUGUGGCAUCUUCACAAAAUGGCAAAUUAGUGAGUUAGUGAAUUGCGACUAUGCAUGGGAUUUUUGGAACCCUUUAAUGUUCUCAACAGUCAUACAAGUUAACCACUGUUUAAUACAACUGAAACAAAGUAACUUACCAUUUGAAGACUGUAAAUGGAAACGGGGAGGCGUUUGCAGUCUAACACUGUCACCAAAUGGCAUUUUAUAGGUAAUGCUAAGUGUAACAAAACCACUUAUUAGAAGACGCCUGAGAGCCAGACACUUUGGUCAUUUCAAGCGUUCAGCUACGUUUUUUUUUUACUUUGGCACCUGUUAGGUCAAAGUUUUAUUUUCUAAUUAUUUUUAGUUAAUUGUUCUGCUCAUAUUGUCAUUUUACAGAUGCUUUCCUAUGUCGCAGUAAGUUCCAGUUCUUGUUUGUCUGACGUUAUACCCUCCCCCAUCUAUGGUGGCAUCACAAAAUCCCGUUUGACUUUGGAGAUUCUGCUGUAUGGUACUAGAGUGAUUUUAUGUGGAGAAAUGUACGGUAAAUUCACUGCCCCGCAAAUAGACGCCGUGCUCCAAACAACCCUUCACAUCUUUGUACAAUUUAGUCUUCAGUGAAACUGCAGUACCAGAAGAAACUCCUCGCAAGCAUGGGGGAGAAAAUGCAAACUCCACUCAGCAGGGUCUGAGCUGAGAUUUGAACCCAGAACCGUGAGGCAGACAUGUUACCCACUAGUACACUUCUACCUGUUCCGUCAUCUUUUUGAAACUACCUUCAUGUGUCAUACAUAAUUUGACAGCACACUGCUCCUUUAAAAGACUUAAAUACAGAUGCACACCAGCACACAUGAACAGCCUCAUCCAGGGCUGCUCAACAGACCCGAAUUGUGGUUCUGGAAUAAAACCCAACUUAAUGAACUCUUAAAA